CUUGACCGCUUCUCUCCUCAUCUAUCCAGGACCGCUGUGUGGUAGACGUCGCUCUCCUCCAAGAUGCUCUGCUUCGUACCUUUACUCCUGGUUCUGUUACCAUCUCACGCAGAGGAAGUGUGGAAGAAAUCACAGGUGUGCGCAAAUGUGUUCUGUGGUGCUGGAAGGGAGUGUGCCGUCACAGAGAAGGGCGAACCAACCUGUCUGUGUGUUGAGUUUUGUAAGCCCAACAAACGCACAGUGUGUGGCAGUAACGGGAAGACGUAUCGCAACCACUGUGAGCUGCACAGAGACGCCUGCCUGACCGGAGUCAAGGUGCAUGUGGCCCAUGAUGGACACUGUGAGGAGCGAAAGACAGACAAGCCCGCUACAAGCCCCAUCGUUUGUUACCUUGCCGACCGCAACCAGCUGCGCAGCCGUGUGAUGGAGUGGCUUCAGGCAGAGGUGGUCCCUGAUGGCUGGUUCUCCAAAGGCUCCAACUUCUCAGAAGUCCUGCUCAAGUACUUUGAGAAUUACGAUAACGGAGACUCAAAGCUGGAUUCCACCGAGUUCCUCAAUUUCAUCCAGCACAACGAGACGGCCGUCAACAUCACCUCCUACAACAAUGAGGAGAACAACCGCUUGCUCAGGAGCCUGUGUGUGGAUGCCCUAAUUGAGCUUUCAGAUGAGAAUGCAGACUGGAAGUUGAGCUUCAAUGAGUUCCUGAACUGCCUUAAACCAGACUUCAACCCUCCAGAGAGAAAAUGUGCUCUUGAGGAUGAGACAUAUGAGGAUGGUGCUGAGACGCAGGUGGAAUGCAAUCGGUGCGUCUGUGCAUGUGGCAACUGGGUCUGCACAGCGGUGACCUGCGAGACAGGCCCAGAUGCACUCCCUAUGGAGGAGGCUGAGGGGAUAGACCAGGAGAUGACCGAAGAGGAGUGGACCAGGAGAGUGGCGGAGCUGAACAAACUUCAGGAAACAGUGGAGACCAUGAAAGUGAGCACUAAAGACAUUGUGUGAGGAAAAGAGGGAUGAAUAACAGUGAAAGAGCAGAAAGAACAGCGAGAGGAAAAUGUGCAGGGUGGCUCUUGGCCAUUCUUGUAUGACGGUCUGGAGGAGGACCAGUGGGUGCAGAGACAAAGAGGAAUAUUUAAUUGGUUAUCGGUUAUUUUUAUAAUAUUUUAAUUAUUUUUCAUGUGUACUAUUACUAUUGUUUUGUAUUU